UAGUGGAGGGAGGAAAACCGGAGAAGCUGGAGAAAAACCCUCAGAGCAAGGCGAGAACCAACAACAAAUUCAACCCACGUAUGUAUGGCACCGGGCUGAAUCGAACCCGGGCCACAUUGGUGGGAGGUCAGCGCUCCCAUUAAUGUGCCAUCCCUACUCCCCAGUCUUUGCUUCCCUUUGAAAAAAUGGUUGGUGCCUAAAUGUUAUUCUGCCCGUCUCGCUUUGGUGAGGUUAAAUCCUUAGAUGACAGUUUUGUUUCGCAGAAAACUAAAUUUUGAAUAAACGCUCCUGGUAGUUUGUCUUACCAAGUCUGUUUCGCAAAACGACGCCUUUCCAUUACGUUUUGCCCAGCCAAUGUUAAAAUUAUUAAAAUGCUUUAUACUAUCAUAAUUUACUGUAUCACCAGGUGUUUCGAAACUUCAAUUGAUCAUCCUAACCCAGCUAUAUUUCUGCUUGCCCAAAAACAUGGGUCGGGAGACUAUGAAUUUGUAAAGCAUACUUGGAGUUCGGGUUGUCUUUUCACUUUGAGUGGAUAAUUGACCAAAGCCGAGCGUAAGCGUGAAGGGCAAUAGGGUAAAUGUUCAGCAAAUGUUUAUGAGUAAUCAUUUUCAGUCGACUUUUAAAGUUUUCAGAAAAGUCUUUGCUUAAACAGAAGAAAUUCUUCAACACAGUAGGUCAUAAUUGCAAACUGUUGACCUGUCGCACUAUAAGAAAAACCUAUAAGGAAUAUGCCUUUGUAUGAAUGGCGCAUAACUUUGAAUAACAGCACUUUGUACAUCCUCAGCCUCGUACUUAUGUUUCCAGACAAAGGAUUUUUCACAUGAAUGCGAGGCUUAGGAUGUAUAAGCAUUGUGAUUCAAAGCUAGGCGCCAUUUAUGCAAACGGUCCAUGGUAGCAAGAAACGGAAACACAGUUCAGAUCCCGUUUUAAAGCAGUACCAGUGUGACGGUUAAAACAAACCAUGUUGUUACUCAAAACUUAAGACAACAUUACAUAAUUAUGCUAUUCCUUUUGCUGGUGAGAAAUGUCUAGAGCACAUCAGACAAUAAAGAUGAAAAGAAGCUAUCGGCAGUCAGGCUUGCCGGCUACUUUGAAUAUUUAAUUCUGCGUAAUGUGACCUCAAACCUGUGAUGACAAAAUACGAUCAGAGUUGAUAAUCACUUUUCAUGGUAUCUGUUGCAUUUUUUUUUUUUUUUUCGGUCGGCAUAUUCGAAGUAGAUUUUGCAGCAAUCCCCAACGACACGAAUAAGUUCUGCAAGGAAGAAUAAAAAGCAACCAAAACCUACAUAUUAAGUUAUAAACAUCAUUAUUUUCGAAAAAAUCAUGCUGAUGCAUCGACACCUGACUGCAUUCAAUCAUCACCGAGACAGCGAUUACAUCAUUCUUUUCGCCUCAGCUGAGACAAUGUAACAUAAUCAACAGCUGGCUUUUUAAAAAGCAUUUGAAUCACAAGUCUAUAUUACAUAAUUUUUGUUUUGUUAAAAAAAAUAGCGUUGCAAAAAUGUAUCUUACGUUGACCAAAAACACCUUCCAAACCAAUGAAGCUUUGGGAAAAAAAUCUUUGUCAGCUGCCUAUAAAAUGGUUACUCCACUUUGUGGAUGUUGUUUAAUUAGUUGUCGCUCAUGCAAAGAAAGAUACGUCGAGAGGUUUCUACGUAUACCAUGAAACUUGUCCUUGUUGUCGUGAUAGCGUUGGUAUUUUCCUGCAGCGCACUUGCCAAUGGUAAUGUGGAGUCUAAAGCAAGCCCUGUUGAGCUCGAGGAGCAACUCGGAGACAUUGCAGCUAAAGAGAGCAGAUAUUUUCUAUCCGCGUUGGAGUUCGUAGAGGAUUCAUCUGGUGUCAGUCCGUGUGCCAUUGCUCCGUGCAAGAAUGGAGGAACGUGCCAACCUAUAGCAGGUGAUGACUUCACUUGUCAAUGCACCGAAGGAUUCUAUGGAGAUAAUUGUGAAAAAGACGUCAAUCAAUGCCUGACUUCUAAACCUUGCUUAAACGGAGCUACGUGUGUCAACAAACCUGGAAGCUACAGCUGCACAUGUCCACAAGGGCAUACUGGGAAAAACUGCGAAAAAGGCAAAUAA